AUGGAGCUGUCCUACAGAUCCACCAUCUCCAUCUAUAAGAGUAUCCUGGAGCAGUUCAACCCGGCGCUGGAGAACCUGGUGUACCUGGGGAACAACUACCUGCGUGCCUUCCACACAUUAUCCAAAGCGGCUGAAGUGUACUUCAAGGCAAUUGAGAAGAUUGGGGAGCAAGCACUGCAGAGCUCCACCUCUCACAUGCUGGGUAAGGCUCUCCCGCUCGCCAUCCUCUGUCCUGUGAUGAGCCACACUUACAUUUUUGGGCCUUCCCUCUUAGCUCAGACCUUCCAUGUGGACCUGCUGCAGCACAUGGAGAAGAACACCAAAAUGGACGUGCAGUUCAUCAGUGAGAGCCAGAAGCAGUACGAGCUGGAGUACCAGCGCAGAGCCGCCAACCUGGAUAAGUGCAUGGCAGAGCUGUGGAGAAUGGAGAGGGCUCGCGAUAAAAACGUCCGGGAGAUGAAGGAGAACGUGAUGCGACUGCGCUCGGAGAUGCAGGCGUUCGUCUCUGAGAGCCAGAGGGAAGCUGAGCUGGAGGAGAAACGCCGCUACCGUUUCCUGGCUGAGAAGCACCAGAUGCUCUACAACACUCUCCUCCAGUUUUACAGCCGGGCCCGGGGUGUGAUCCAGACCAAGGUGCGCGUCAGCCCCAGCCCCGCCCCCGCCCCCAGCCACUCGCAGGGGCUUCUCGCAGCCUCCCAUGGCCAGGGGUAUCCGUCGGGCCGGCUCACCCCCACCCACCUCGACAUGCCCCAGAGACCCCUUGGGGACUUUGCUUCUCCCAUGACUGGGAGUAGAUCCAGCGUCUUCUCUGCCGAGCCUCCAGAAAUGCGACUGUCUCCUCACACAGAGCCCCCCAGGUGGCCACUGCGGAGGACGCCAUCAGCCAGUUUGCUCCCUACCGGCCGCGUCUCCCGUUCAGGUUCCUUCGGUGAGGCCGGCAGUGGUGGUGAAAGCAGGAGGAGGAGGAGCGGCACGACGAGGGUGCAGGCUAUUGUGCCCCACGCGACGGGCGCCAACUGGACCCUGCUACGGUUUGAUCCUGGGGAUGUUAUCACCGUGCUGAUGCCAGAUGCACAGAACGGCUGGCUGUAUGGCAAGCUGGAGGGCUCAUCCACAUGCGGCUGGUUCCCCGAAGCUUAUGUCAAGCCUCUGGAGGAUGCGAGGGAGAUGGAGGAGCCAGCUUCCAGGUCCUUCCCGCUGCGAAGCAGUCACAGUAUGGAUGACAUCCUGGACCGUCCCAGCACUCCUUCCUCUAGCAACUACUUGCCUGCUGCUGCCCAGCCCAGUUUGCCGAAUCCACCUCCCCUCUCGGUGGGCACCGGCAGUCACCAGAGUGGGGUGGGCACCCCCGUCAGUUCUGGUUCCAAGAAAUCAGGAGUAUUUGACCAGCCCCCUGAACUCUUCCCACGGUGA